CAUUGCGGAGAGACUACUUAAAUUGAGCACGACCAGCUUGGCAAUUUGGCUGUUGAUGUUUUAUGCUCUAUUUCACAGUUUCUUGAACGCGCUUGCAGAAGUGCUUCGAUUUGGUGAUCGAACCUUUUACCUUGCUUGGUGGAAUUCUGGUUCUUUGGCUACUUAUUGGCGUCUUUGGAAUCGACCAGUCUAUCAAUGGUUUAAACGACACGUAUAUGCUCCAUUGGUGGAUAAUGGCAUGUCUCCCAGAAUGGCAUCACUCGUUGUCUUUACAUUAUCCGCUGCGUUCCAUGAAUUCUUAAUCGGUAUUCCAACUCAUUCGCUUAUGGGAUUCGCUUUCUUAGGCAUGAUGACACAAAUACCUCUGAUAGAAAUCACCAAGCCGUUGGAAAAAUGGAGAGGAAAAGGAACCGCGUUCGGAAAUGUGAUUUUCUGGAUGAGCUUUUGUCUGGUGGGACAGCCUGCCGCCACUUUAUUGUAUUAUUAUCAGUGGAAUAUGACGCAUCAAAUUUAA